AUGGCCGACGACGAUAACCAGAUCUAUGGUCCAAGUCAGCUGCGAGUCUUUAAGACCCAGCUAGUGCUUUCUUUAGCGAUCGGAUCAUCCAUGUUCUUGCUUUUCUGUUUCUUGAGACGAAAGUGGCCUCACAUGUACGCCGUCAGAACGCUACGAAAGAGCCUGAUCCGAGAGAAAUCCUUACCGAAUGACUUAUUCUUAUGGGUAUUCUCGGUAUGGUCUAUUACAGAGACAGAUGUUCUCGAGUGUCUGGGCUUAGACGCGUACGUUGUGCUCACGUUCUUCAAAAUGGGCAUAUACAUCUUUCUGCUCCUUGCCUUCUGGGGUGUGUUAGUGCUCAGUCCAGUCCGUUACAUCUUCACUGGAAGCUAUGAUAAAGACAACAUUAUGUUGAAUAUGUUUCAGCUGGAUGCUGGUUCUCACAUGGACGAUGAUUUUCCAAGCUAUCUCUGGGUAUACCCCUUGUUUACGUGGAUUUUUUCAACCAUUGUUUAUGUGAAACUUUUUGAUUUUACAACAGCGGUAAUUAAGACACGUCAGAAGUAUCUUGCGUCCCAGGACUCGAUCACUGAUCGUACUAUAAAACUUGAUGGAAUACCGAAAAAGUUGAUUAGACAGAAUGAUCCUGUGCGCCUCAAGCACUUCAUUGAGGGCUUGGGAAUUGGCCAUGUGGUUGAUGUGAAGUUGAUAUAUGACUGGUCGCCCUUGGAGAAGCUUUUCGAUGAGCGUAACGAAUUGAUCUCAAGACUUGAGCAAUUGUACUCUCGGUAUUUUGGUUUGAACAUCGAUCUUUACAAUCAAAGUAAAGUACCUCGUGUGAUUCCAGAGCAUGCUCCAGAACUCCCUAUUGCAUCUUCAUCAAGAAAGAGUCAUCUUAAAGAGAAAAUCGAUACGCUCGCUGCGAAGCUCAUAUCAGUGGACAAGAAGAUUCUGGAUUUACAGAACAAGUAUGACCCAAGGACAUCCACUAUACCCAUAGAUGAUGACCUGGAAUUUUCAAUCAUGCCUUCAGCUUUUAUUACAAUGGAUUCAGUUGCUUCUGCCCAAAUGGCAGCCCAGACCGUCUUGGAUCCGAGGGUGUACAAAUUAAUGGUCUCCAUGGCGCCGGCCGCCAAAGACAUUGAAUGGAGGAAUUUGAAGCUUUCGCGUUAUGAGAAGGCGUUCAAAUCUUACAUGGUGACAUUCUUCAUCAUUCUCAGUUACUCCGUUAUCUUCUUCUUGGUCACGUCUUUGUCUACUUUGAUCGAUGUAAAGACUAUUACAAAGGUCUGGCCUGCUUUAGGACACAAGAUUGCCGAGUCCAAAUGGCUCAGUACCUUCGUUACUGGUAUUUUGCCUCCAAUGUUGUUUUCCAUGAUUAACGUCCUCAUCCCAUAUUUCUACAAUUAUCUUUCUCGCCAUCAGGGGUACGCGUCAUCGAGUGAAGUAGAGCUUUCUGCUUUGCUGAAGAACUUCUUUUUCGUCUUUUUCAUUUUGUUCGUUGUGUUCACCAUCACUGGAACAUUGUGGGAUUUCUUCACCUCAAUUGGGGAUACCACGAAAUUUGCAUCUCAAUUGGCAAGCUCACUCAAAAAGCUAUCAUUAUUUUACGCUGACUUGAUUCUUUUGCAAGGAUUGGCAAUGUUUCCUGUUCGUCUUCUUCAGGUGGGUGAUUUCUUCAUACUCAAUAUUGUGGGCAAACUCUUUUUGUUAAGAGACAUGUUCCUUAAGACCCCUCGGGAUUAUCGGUUCUUUUAUUUCACUCCGCCAGUGUUUGACUUCGGUAUUCAACUACCACAACAUAUCUUAAUUUUCAUCAUAAUUCUUAUUUAUUCGGUUGUGUCUACCAAGAUCGUUGCCUGCGGACUAGUAUAUUUCCUUUUGGGCCAUUUCGUCUAUAAGUAUCAGCUUAUUUACAGCUUCGUGCACCCACCUCAUUCAACGGGAAAAGUUUGGCCCAUGAUAUUUAGGAGGUUGAUGUUCGGUCUUUUGAUAUUUCAACUAUUUAUGUGUGGUACAUUAGCCUUGGAGGGAGCAAUUUUGUUGUCUGUGCUCUGUACCCCCUUAUUUAUUGUGACCCUUCUCGUUUGGUGGAAUUUCGAGAAGUUCUAUGUGCCUUUACAUGAUUUCAUUGCGCUAAGAGCAAUUCAAAGCCCUCACAAUUUUGACAAGGAGUUCAAUGAUGACUCCCUGCUGGUCGUUGCCAACUCUUUGCGUAACUUCUCCUUCGAUGGUGGCUUGAAUGCUAGCAGUGAUAGCCUCACUGCUAGAAAACCUCCACAAGUACAAGUACCAGAGCCUGAACACAUGACAGGGUAUCCUACGCCAUGUUCGGAUGACGUAUUACUGCCUACAGAAACUUCUGCUCUUUUGGAUGGCGACUAUUCUAUAUCUUAUAGCGCAGGAGCAAUCAGACACCGCAGGAAGGUGUCUACAGUUGAUGAAGAGAGAGAACAAUUCACAGACUACACCCAUCCUUAUCUCAGAGAUCCGUUGUAUGGACCAUGGAUUGGUUUCGAUGGUGAUCAUAUAUCAAUGGUCGAGUUCCGGAAAAGAGGUGGGUCUGCCGAGGCCGAAGAAAACUCAGCAGAGCCUGAACAGUACACUGGCCCUGUUUCUGAAUUUGUUAUCCGCAAACGCAUCCAAGCUGCAGAAUGGGAAUAA